GGCAUUUAAUUCAGUAGGUUUUUUUUAAGAUUUCAUUUUGAUAGCUGCACUUCGGUUAGACGGUGGUAGUCCACCUAACUAGCCGAAGAAUCUCCAGGAACGAAACAUCCACCAAUGACUUAGCAGAUGUAACAUAACCGUUAAUAAACAUGUCCCAAAUAUCUAUUCGUGUACAGACAUAUUUGGUUUUGGGUGUAAUGAUAGCAUGUUUUUCAAUACUCUAUCCCAAAAUUUUUCAUCCAAUGCUUAUGCAUAUUCUGGGUCUUACAAAAAGUAAUGAUAAAGAAGGACAUGGAAAUUUUGAACAUUUUGGACCGAAUAUUCAUCAUCCACCUAGACCCAUUAGAGCUACUGAAGGUGUUGUUCAACAAGAUCAGGGAAAGAGAGGUGGCAUUAUGUCAAUCGUUUUACCCGUGUAUGCCAUCGGUAUAAUUUUAUAUUUGUUAUAUACACUCUCAAAGAUAUUUUCAUCGAAACGUCGAAAAAAUUCGGAUAAAAAAGAGGAGUUUCUACGACAAUACUAUCGUGAUUUUCACUAUGAUGUUGAUCGGGGUAAAUUUCGUAUGGGUCGUGAUUCGUCAGAUGAUGACGAUGAUGAUAACAACAUGGAAGAAGGAAAUGCACUUACAGAUUCUCGGAAUUUAGACUUUAUUAGCUCUAGAAGAUCAAAUCAAGAUUCAAAACGUAAACCAUUUGAAUGGGGCUCAGUUUUCAAGGAUACUUCUUAUCCAGAUGUAUAUCGUUCAGCUAGAAGCUUACCCAAGGAUUUAGGGAAAUUACUCAUGAGGAUGGAACGUCAAGACUUAGAUACAGAAGAGUUGUCACGUCUUCGUGUCAGACUUGAACAGACUGAACGAGAAAUGACUCGCCUACUAAAAGCAAUGCAGUCCGCUGAAGAUGUAUUACGUGAUCCAAUCGAAGAGUCUGAAAUAAAUGAAGAUAAUUACACUAGUGUACCACUUGAUGAGACUAUUCAGCAUAGGAAACAGUCUUCAGAAAGCCAAGAUGAAGAGGAAGAAAUGGGAAGUGCAGAAGAAGUUGAUCAAGAGUGUGUUGAAGAGAAUGAGUUUGAAUACAGUUCUGGAAAUCUGCAAAUACUCGAGGAGCAGACAACGAAUAUUAGCGAUGAAGAAAUAGAUAAUAUAAGCGAAUCAUGUAUUCGUCAUCGUCGUCUGAUCACAUCAACAUGAGAAGUUUUGUAAUCGUGGACAAUGAGGGAUAUAAAAGAUACAUCACAGUAUAACUCUCACCUCCCAUUGUGUUUAUUUGGAAUUUCAUAUAGCAUAAUAAUAUAUAGCAUUUCAUACAUUGUAUUUCUAUCUUUAUAAUCUACGUUGAAAUGUUUUUCUUUGUUGUCUUAAUGUCUUUCUGGUUUUCUUUGGCAUUUAAUUCUUUCAUGUGUAACCAUAGUUUAGUCUCCCCUAAUUCUUUUUUAUAAAAACAAAUUUUCCUUAAUGUUUUUUAUUAUCAUUAUUAUUUACAACUAUUUUUACUUUGUACUACAAGUAGAAAAUGAAGUACACAUUGCAAAGAGUGAUACAUUUUUGUCGGUAAUAAUAGUAAUGCACUUACGUUAUCUACAUAUGUAUGUGAAUAAAGCGGUUCAUGAAAAAUUAUAUCAUGUAUCUUGUUACUCUUUCUAUCUCUAACCAAUGGUAUCAAGUUUUAGAGUGAUCAUAUCUAUCUGGUUCAUUCGAAUUCUG